UUUGAUCAAAUGGCUGAGAAAAGCAAAAUUCUCAUCAUUGGAGCAACUGGUUGUAUUGGUAAAUACGUAGUGGAAGCAAGUGCAAAAAUCGGACACCCCACUUUUGCUUUUGUUAGAGAAAGCACACUUAAUUUUAACCCUGUUGAGGCUAAACUUGUUGACCAUUUCAAGAGUAUUGGUGUCACUAUUCUUCAUGGUGAUCUGUAUUGUCAUGAGAGCUUAGUGAAUGCUAUAAAGCAAGUGGAUGUAGUGAUAUCAACAUUGGGUGCGAUGGAAUUGGCUGAUCAAGUUUUUAUCAUUGCUGCUAUCAAAGAAGUUGGCAAUAUUAAGAGAUUCUUCCCUUCAGAGUUUGGUAUGGAUGUCGACAAGGUUAAUGCUGAGAAAGCCCAAAUCCGCAGAGCUAUUGAAGCUGAAGGAAUUCCUUAUACUUUCGUCUCAUGCGACAGCUUUGUUAGUUUUCUCUUACCAACUUUGGUCUGUCUUAAGCCAGGAGCCACUGCUCCCCCUAGAGACAAAAUCCUCAUUCUUGGCGAUGGAAAUGUUAAGGCUGUGUUCAACGAAGAACGCGAUAUUGCCACCUACACCAUUAAGGCUGUUGAUGAUCCGAGAACGUUGAACAAGACCCUUUACAUCAAGCCUCCUAAGAACACGUUAUCGUUCAACGAGCUCGUGGCUAUGUGGGAGAAAAUGAUUGGUAAAACUGUGGAGAAAAUCUACAUUCCAGAGAAGCAACUUCUCAAAGGCAUCAAGACAUCUCCUGUUCCAAUAAAUAUCUUAUUAGCACUUAACCACACAACAUUUGUGAAGGGUGAUCAAACCAAUUUUGAGAUCGAUCCAUUGUUCAGGGUUGAGGCUUCAGAACUUUAUCCAGAUGUCAAGUACACCACUGUGGAGGAGUACCUUGGUCAAUUUGUCUAAUAUUCACACGUUGAUGUCUCCGAUCGCUAAACUAAAUCGUUAAACGAAGAAUGUUGU